GUACACGCCCUUUGCCUUGUCAGGAAAAAAAGUUGAAGAAAAAACUAAAUCACGGAAGAGAUUAUGCAGCGCUAGUUUGGCAAGUUUCUUUUGCGGUCUCAAAGCAGCGGAGAUAGACGGAAAAGAAGGAAAACAAACACAAAGUUGGGCACAUUUGAUCUGUUCGCUUGUCCUGUAGGAAGUAUAUGAGAGAGACAGCAGUCAUGGAGUCAGCCAUUCAGACGGUAGUGGGUGUCUUCCUGAAAUCAGCCAAAGGGAAGGAGAGUUUGGGAGGGAAUGACUUCCAGAAGCUGGUGAAGAGCCAGCUCCACAACAUCAUGAUGGACACUGACAGCUCCGAGGCGGUGAAGAAAAUGCAACAGGGCCUGGACGCUAACCAGGACGGUAAAGUCAACUUCGAGGAGUACAUGAAGCUGGUGGGCUACCUAGCAACCUCCCUGAGCGUGCAAUGCACCGCUGCCGUGGACACGCCAGCUGAGAGUGCGGCCGCCACAACAGAGACCAAGAAUGCACCAGCAGCAACAGAGGUAAAGGAAGAGAAGGCAGAAGCCGAGGCACAGCCAGAGGAGGCACAGGCUGAGCCAGAGACAGCCACAACUGUAGAGGCACCAGCAGAGGCAGUCGUAGAGGCAGAAAAGGUGGAAGAGGUGAAAAAGGUGGAGGAGCCAGCACCAGCAGCAACCGAGGAGGAGAAGACAAAGGAGGCCUCAUAGGAGUUUACCACCGGUCCAGUCCGGACAUUACAAUACACACCAACACCAAACUGAUAGACACCUCACUACCCUAAUACAAACUACAGUACACUAUGCAACCCACCCUUCAAACAGGAGUGCUAAUACCAUAAUAAUAAUAAUACCAUGCAGUACAGUAUAUGUUGCAACACCACAGCAGCACAUACAUGUUCAUACACAUACAUAAACCCAGUAUUUGGUACUAAAAUAAACUACACUACAAUUAUUUACAUUGCAGCAGUACAUGCCAUAAUGUUGAUAUACUUCCCCCUAUAUAGCACACUAUACUUUAUUAUAUGUAUAUAUAAUUCAUUCUGCCAUUCAUUGAUGUGAAAUUUUGACACCCUCUGAAAUUAACACAUUUACACACCUGUAGAGCUGAUUAAUCUUGAUAUACACUGACACACAUGCAAUACUAAAUGUUUUUAUAUUUGCAUUCCUUCUUUCUCCCUUUGCUCAUCUACAAUGAUGCAAUGCAACACUAUACUACAGUACAUUCCACAAUGUACAGUCAAGUCAGGCCAUCUCAAGUUGUUCUUGACAUUUGCUACACAUCAAAUUCUCCAGUGUUAAAUUAACACUGACAGUGUUAAAUCAAGUCCAAGUACCAGAUUGGAUUAUUUUAGAAAAAUGUAUGUUAGUUAUAUUUGAGAAGAAUAAGAUUAAUGAAUGUACAUGCAAAUACAUAGAUAUUGAAACAAUUCUAAAAAAUAUGCCUGCAGUAGAGCAUGCUGGGAAAUAUGAUAAUGAUGGGUGUGGUUUUGGUUUAACACUGGUUAUUAACACCAACACUGGGAUUCUUUUACACCAAUGAGUGUUAAUUUAACAAUUACAAAGAGAAUUUAACACAACUUAACAUUAGAAAUGUUACAUUGACCAAUUUGCUUUGCAAGAUUGUCUAAGUGCUCUCUCUCUCUUUUCUUCCCUUGCAACUCUGUCAUUGAUAUUAAGCUCUGAUAUGGCAUGACAUGACAAUAAACAAAUUGUGUUGCUAGGGUUCUUAGUUCA